AUGAUCCUACUAUGCAUAUAUGUCGAUGAUUUGCUGGUAACUGGUAACAACAGAAAAACAAUUGAAGAAUUCAAAGAAAUCAUGAAGGAUGAGUUUGAAAUAUCAUAUUUGGGCAAACUGAGCUACUUCCUUGGCAUAGAAUUUACUAAGACAGAAGGAGGGUUGUUGAUGCAUCAGAAGAAAUUUUCUGGAGAAAUUCUAAGAAGGUAUAACAUGGAUGGUUGCAACCUUGAUGUCACUCCAAUUGAAGUUAAUAUUUAUGGAGAAUCCAAAGCAUUAUCACUAGAUGACAGCCAAGAGGAUCAUGAGAUACAUUCAAUGCACACUGGAGCAAUGAAUUCUAUUUGCAACAGAAUUGAAGCAAGAAGAUGGAGACUUAGUAAGCUAUUUGAAUUUUGA